CUAAAUCCAACCUUUCCCCAAUUUCUCACUCAACAUUUUCCCAAUUAUUUCUCUCUCUCUCUCUCUCUCUAGAUCUAUGGAUUCUUCAAUAGGCAAUGUCCAGCACGUUCCCAGAAAAUCCUCCGAUGAGCUUUUGAGGAAAUUUGCUGAGGUGGGGUCGGAGUCCGGUGGUGGAAGAAGGUUGUUGACGGUGGUUAAGAGGCGGCGGAAGAGGGUUAAUAACGAGGAGUACUGUGAUAGCCCCUCCGGUACUGGCGGAGUGGUGGAGCGGAAAUGGCUGAUUUCGCCUGUGGGGAGAAAGUCGGUUGUGUUGAAGAAAGUUGGGAUUGGAAAUGGAAGGUCUCAGCAGCUGAGGAUUAGAGAUUUUAGAAACAAAUCUAUUCUUGGAGCCAUUCAAAAGACAUGGCGAAGAACAGUGGAAGGAGCAUCAAAGGUUUUGUUAGAGAAACAUUACAACACUCAUAGACGUUUGAUAAGUGACAUUGUCUAAUUAAUUUCUCUUCUUUUUCUCCAUUUUUCUCUCCUUAUCUACUUAAUUAUAUUUGUUUCUAAUCUUUUCUGUUUAGGAAGCUCUGAUUAUUUUGUUUAAUCUUCAUGGAAAAAAUAAAUUAUAUGUUUAAUCUUCUAUACAAAUCCAUAACACACAUGUAAUGUAACCCCCUACUUGUUCAAUUAACCUCUUAUUUCCAUGAAUCAAUCUAUUGUUUUUCCAGAUUCUCUC